UGGACGUGUCCUCCGGUGCUCCCAGCUUGAUUCCCAGACCAGCGGAGCCGCGGGAGAAGCCAGGCCCGACAUGACAGCGCCGGGACGGGAGAAGAAAGCCCGCCAGCUGCGGGUGUCCGUCCGGCCGGAGGCGAUGUGGGCGGCGGGCCGGUACUUGGUGCUGGCCGCUCUGUGCGCCCUGUGCUACAGCAACUCUCUGCACGGGGAGUUGGUGCACGACGACGUGUGGGCGAUCAUCAACAACCCAGACGUCCGACCGGCGUCCAGCCUCAGAAACAUCUUCAGCAACGACUUCUGGGGCAAGAGGAUGGCGGACAAUACGAGCCACAAGUCCUACAGACCGCUGUGCAUCCUCACCUUCAAGUUGAACAUCCUGCUGGGUGGCAUGACACCUUUCUAUUUCCACGUGGUGAACGUGUGUUUGCACUGCGCCGUGACCUGCCUGCUCAUGCACACGUGCGAGCGCUGCGUGUUCGACGACUCGCGCCUGGCCUUCAUCACGGCGCUUCUCUUCUCCGUCCACCCCAUCCACACCGAGGCCGUGUCUGGUAUCGUGGGCAGGGCCGACGUCUUGGCCUGUCUGCUGUUUCUGCUGACGUUCCUCUCCUAUAUUAGGAGUGUAGGUGUGUGUGUUUCCGCGGACGCCGUUCCCUCCACGGUGUCCGUGUGCUCCCUGGUCGCCAGUUUGCUCCUGGGCACGUGCGCCAUGCUGGUCAAGGAGACGGGCAUCACCGUGUUUGGAGUGUGUGUGCUGUACGACGCCCUGGUGCUCUGCCGCAGACCCCUCAUCUCUCACCUGUCUGGCUCCAGACUCAGGGACCUCCUCCACAUCUGCAGCCCCCUCAUCAAACGAGCCUGCCUCAUCUCUGGCUAUGUGGUGAUCAUCAUGUCGUUCAGGCUGUGGCUGAUGGGGGGGUCCAUGCCUCUUUUCUCUGAACAGGACAACCCUGCCUCUUUCUCCCCUCACCUACUCACCAGGUUUUUGACCUACAGUUACCUGUUGUCCUUUAACGCCUGGCUGCUGCUGGCGCCCGUCGUGCUGUGCUACGACUGGCAGGUGGGCAGCAUCCCCCUGGUGGAGUCGCUGGGUGACGUGCGCAACUGCGCCACCGUGCUGUUGGCCGUGGCGAUGCUCGCCCUCUGUCUGCAGUGCGUCUCCUCGCUGCAGAAGCAGGAGAGCAGGGAGGUCUUGGUGGGGAUUUUGUUCCUGGUGUUUCCUUUCAUUCCUGCCAGUAACCUUUUCUUCAGGGUGGGAUUUGUGGUGGCUGAGAGGGUGCUGUACAUGCCCAGUAUGGGUUACUGUAUCCUGGUGGUCCACGGUCUGGGUCGGCUGUGCUCGGUGGUGGGCCGCUGGGGCACCACGGCCCUCAGCGUCUCCAUGCUGCUGCUGCUGCUGCUCUUCUCCUGGAAGACGGUCCAGCAGAACCACAUCUGGCUCUCCAGGGAGGCCCUCUUCCGGUCUGGUAUCCAGACCCUGCCUCACAACGCCAAGGUCCACUACAACUACGCCAACUUCCUGAAAGACAGCAGUCGGCACCAGGAGGCCAUUCACCACUACACCACUGCCCUCAGGCUGUAUCCUCGCCACGCCAGCGCCAUGAACAACCUGGGCACUCUGACACGCCACCCAGAGGAGGCAGAGCGCUACUACAGGCAAGCCCUGGACAUCAACCCACAGCACAACAGAGCUCUGUUCAACCUGGGAAACCUGCUCAAGUCCCAGGGCAAGGAGAAAGAGGCCGAGGCCCUGCUGAGGGACUCCAUUCGCUUCGGUCCACAUUUCGCUGAUGCUUACUCCAGUCUGGCGUCACUGUUCGCUGAGCAGAAGCGGUUUCCUGAAGCGAAUGAAGUGUAUCUGCAAGGCAUUGAGAACUGCCCCGACAGCUCCGACCUGCAUAACAACUACGGAGUUUUUCUGGUGGAUACAGGAGAAGGGGAGCUGGCUGCGGCCCACUACCAGCAAGCCGUCCGACUCAAACCGGCCCACUACGUCGCCAUGGUGAACUUGGGCCGCCUCCUUCGCUCCUCCAAUGAGAACAAAGAGGCGGAGUCUUGGUAUAAGAGGGCGCUGCAGGUAACGAGGAAGGUGGACAUCCUGACGCCACUGGGGGCGCUGUACUACAACACAGGCCGCUACGAAGAGGCUCUGCAGGUGUACCGAGAGGCUGCCGCACUGCAGCCGGACAGCACGGAUAUCUGGCUGGCCCUGGCUCAGGUUUUAGCCAUGGCCGGUCGCACCAAAGAGGCAGAGAAAAUGACCCUGGGCAUCAUAUCUCGACAGGGCAGCUGUAUCGAAUGUUACCGACUCCUGUCUGCCAUCUACAGCAAGCGUGGCAAUUACACACAGGCUCUGGACGCUCUGGACCGAGCCCUGCAGCAGAAUCCCAGCGAUCUGACGGUGAGAGCCGAGCUGCACUUCUCCAAAGGAAACCAGCUCCGAGAGAUGAACCAGCUGGAUCGAGCCUUCGAGAGUUAUAAGCUCGCUGUGGAACUCAAGCCUGACCAGUCGCAGGCCUGGAUGAACAUGGGAGGGAUUCAGCAUAUCAAGGGGGAUUACGCAGCAGCCAGGAUGUACUACCAGAGAGCUCUGCUUCUCAGCCCCGGGUCCAAACUCCUGAAGGAGAACCUGGCCAAGCUGGACCGUCUGGAGAGGAGACUGACAGGGGGAGCGUAGACCACCACGGCCCCCAGGACGCUGCACCAACCUGGGCAUGCACCAGGGGAGGGCAACGGGGACCCUGGAGCCCCAAAACCAGCCCACCAGGCUGCUGGAUAAAAUGGACCUGGUUCUGCCUGUCUGAGAAGACAGGAGGAGGGUGGAUAUGACGGGGUGUGAGGAGGCGGAGGGGGUGAGGAGCCAGAGUCGGGGGGGAUGAAGGAAGCGGGUCAAGCCAGAGCCGAGAAGCCUUUCCUGGGGUACGCAGGAGAAAAUGGCUCCUUGGAGGCUUCUGGUGAAGACCCAGUGAGGAGGAAAAAAAGACAUCCUGCGAGUUGGAGCUCCACACACAGCCCUGUCUGCAUCAGCUUUAAUUAAACACACACACACACACAAACAUCUGCUUUACACAUUUGUGUUUUCUUUUUGUUUUGAUUGAUUUUAAGUUCAUAUGAAGUCAUUCCCCCAUGUGGCACUUAACAGCUCAGAUUAGCAGUCAAUCCUCCGCUCUGCCUGUGAUAAUUUUCCAUGCACUUUCAUGUCUGAGCAGUGGAAGUGUAAGGAAAAUGUCAUGUUCAUGAGUAAUAGGAAGGGAUUUGAUACUAGGAUUAAUUUAAUACUACUCUCUGUCGUGGAACAGUACAUCGAGCACACUGCAAGAAACAUCAAUGAUAACAAGUCAUUUAGUCUCAUUAAGCAUUAUAAAAACUUGUUUUUUCUUACAACAAGUGAAAAAAUCUGAGAUAAUCCCACUUGUUUCUAAUGUAAUUUAGUUUGUUCUCGAAGUAUAAAUAUGUUCAAGGCAGGAUGAGGCAGAUUAGCCCACUAGUAUCAGUGCAAUUCUGUAAAUAUUAGAAACAAGUGGGAUUAUCUCACCCUGCUAGCAGUUUUUUUUUUCACUUUGUUUGAAUAAAAACAAGAUUUUAACACUAAAUUUGAUACUAAAUGAGUUUUUUUUUGCAGUGUGUAACAUUUCAUCAGGAAUAAAAACUCAUUUUUUGGAGGUAAUGACAAUAUGGUGAACUUUUAAACCUGAUGCAUCUCAGAUUAGGUGACUUUUUAGAAAUAUAUAAUAAGAUUUAUAAAGAUUGCUUUCUUAAUAAACCUAAAACACACCCUGUCCACUUGACCUCCAUGUCGAAAACUGGCUCCAAGGCCUGGCGUCCCAAGCCUUUUGCAAGUGUAAUAAGCUAGUGUGUCUGCUCCUGUUUUUCAGGAUUUGAAACUUGUGGCUUCACGCGCACCCAUACCCUCAUAUGAAGAUUUCUGAUGGACCGUUUGUUUGUAUUUCUGUUGCUGUCGCUGUUGAUUGUGAAUGAAAUUUGUUGUGGAAUGUAAAAUGGUAUGAAGUUGAACUGACAAGUGCAAUGACUGACUUGCACCAUGAAAAUAAAAUAUAUAUGUUUUAUUAUAA